AAAACCUAUCGAUUUUUGUAACUUACUUUGUAAAUCUUUGAUUGAAAGUCUUACAAGUAUGCAAACUAUAUGGAUUAAUACAGAAAGAUUUAUAACAAAAGAAAGAAUGCGAGCUCAUUUGGUAACAAAAAAUAUUAUCAUGUCUUAUUUUAAUCAACUUGGUUGUUCAGCAAGAUGUCCACUUUGUUCUUCAAAGUGUGAGCUUCCAGAUGAUGGUCACACUCAACAUCAAGUAUCUAAGCAUUUACUUCCAGCUUUUACCGGUUUUCAGGGCAGAGAUACAAAGUUUCCAACUUUAAUUGUAUGUACUGAAGAUGAAGCCCAUGAUAGAAGAUGGGGAUAUCAAAAGGAUUCAAUUUAUUUACCACUCACCGAAUUUUUGUCUAAAUAUCAUCCAUCGUGGAUUCCCUUUCCUCGCUCAGAACCAUCUGAUGAACAUGUAGCAAAAAUGCGUGCAAUCUGGUGGAGACUUAAAGGUGAACUUUGUGAAAGAUAUAACAUGAUUGACAACACUGAUCCUUCAUGGGGAUCCAGAUAUGGAAGUCUUAUUCCAGAAUAGUUUGAGGAAUAAUAGUUAAACCUUUUUUUAUAUAUAUUUUAAAUAAUUAUCUUGUGAUUAUGUAGUUGUUUCAGUUAUACUAUUUACUAUGUACCUUUUAUAAAUA